AACUGCCACUAGAUGCUAUUCAUGGCCUAGGGCAUGUCCACCAUGGAAGAGAUGCAUUACACUCCCGUGGUACCCAUAUUACAGAUGUGUUCAAAGAUGGGGAUGGGGAAAUUCUGGAAGUCCAUGGAGAAUGGGAAUUUAUGGUAGUUGGAGUAGCUACGGCAGUGGCGGAGGGGGUUAUGGAGGUGGUAUGGGUUAUGGAAGUGGUGGUAUGGGUGGUUACGGAGGUUACGGAGGCGGCGGCAUGGGUGGUAUUGGAGGCGGCGGUAUGGGUGGUAUUGGAGGCGGUGGUAUGGGUGGGUAUGGAGGUUAUGGCAGCGGCAUGGGUGGUAUUGGAGGCGGUGGUAUGGGUGGUUAUGGAGAUUACGGAGGCGGCAUGGGUGGUUACGGAAGCAGCGGUAUGGGUGGUUAUGGAGGUUAUGGCAGCGGCAUGGGUGGUAUUGGAGGCGGUGGCAUGGGUGGUUACGGAGGUAGCAGUAUGGGUGGUUACGGAGGUGGCGGCUAUGGGUCUGGUCGACAUGGAUCUAGCAGUUAUGGAAGAAAGAAAUCAGUUUAUUAG